GGGAAGGAUUUGUUCAGUGCUCUAAGAACAAGUUUGGGUUCAAAUUUAGAUUCGUUUUUCCAUGAUAAGAUUAUUCCAGUUUCUGGUGAUAUUUCCUGUGAAAAUUUAGGGGUGCAAGACAGUACUUUGAAAGAAGAAAUUUGGAAAAACACAGAUAUAGUGAUAAAUUGUGCUGCAACAACCACGUUUGAUGAAAGAUAUGAUGUUGCAUUGGGUGUCAAUACAAUUGGAGCUCUUAAUGUCUUGAACUUUGCAAAAAAAUGUCCUCGAAUAAUGAUGCUUCUCCAUGUUUCAACCGCUUACGUGUGUGGUGAAGGAACUGGACUCAUCAUGGAAAAACCAUUUUGCAUGGGUGAGAGCCUCAAAGGAACAUGUAAAUUAGAUAUUGAAGUGGAAAAGAAAUUGGUAGAUGAGAAAAUGAAUCAACUCCGAACACAAGAAGUUGCAUUGGCCAUGAAGGAUUUUGGAUUGAAAAGGUAACCUCUUCCUUUUAUGAAUUCAUUCACACAUUCAAGUUAAUUAUAAUUUUUUAUUUUUUAAUUUUGAGUUAUACAAUUAAAAACAACUUUUUUUCAUCUUUUAACCCACUACUCGACUCACAUGUUUUACAAUUUAAAUAUAAAAUCUCUUAUUUUCAUCAGAACAAGAUUACCAAGUUAAUUAUAAUUCAAGGCAGAGUAAGACGAAAAACUAACUCGAAAAUUCUGAACAAAUUAACUAAUAGGUUAAUUUGCUUUCUUUUUUAUUGAUUAAGUUUUUUAUUUUAAAGAAUAUUAAAGUUUGGGGUUUGAGAAUGCUAUACAUAUAUAUAGGAAGAUAAAUCCUUACAAAUCCA